UCACUUCCUUUUUCAUGAACAGUGCCCAUUACUAAGUAGAGGCUGGCCGCCCAGGGAGGCGCGGGGAGCUCCUGGGGGCUGGAAGGUGUGGAUGUGAGGUCCGUGUACCACGCCCGCUUUGCUUCCCAGUAAAUACUAACCAGGUGCCGCUCUCCGGGCGGGUGUCCGCUUCCCACUGCUGCCGCUGCCCAACCUGCGGCUGCGUCAACUCAGCGACACAAGGCGGCAUCACAAUAUGCAACUUAGAGACCUCCGACUUCAGCGAGAGCCAUAAAAACUUGAUCCGGCCCCGGGGCUGCUCAGAGCGGACCGCCCGCCCGCCGGCCCCUUGCGGAGAGGGGCAGGGAGCGGCGUGGGCGCCUCGGCUGGGCUCCUUUCCACCCCUGUCUCCUGCUCCCCCCUCGCGGUGAGCUUUCCCUGUCCCGCGGGGGCUCUACUGAGCUCCCCGGCCCCCUCCCCUGUGCGCAGGGGGCUCGGCUGGCCCCCGCUGCUGUGUGUGCGCAGCGCCUUGUUGAUCCCCUUGCCUCUCUCCCUGCCCCCCUAGCCGGCGGCUGCUCCCCCGCCCCCAGCCUCUUCUCCGGCUCUCUCCUCUCUCCCGGGUCCAGACCCCGGUUGUGCGUGUGUCUGGGGGGGAUCCCCGUUUCCCAAGCAGCGCUGUGUACGCCCCCACCCCGCCUGCUCCUCCAUGGCAGGGCACGAGUGGGACUGGUUUCAGCGGGAGGAGCUGAUCGGGCAGAUUAGCGACAUCCGAGUGCAAAACCUCCAAGUGGAGAGGGAAAAUGUGCAGAAGAGAACAUUUACCAGGUGGAUAAAUCUACAUUUGGAGAAGUGCAAUCCUCCUCUGGAAGUGAAAGAUUUGUUUCUUGAUAUUCAAGACGGGAAAAUCUUGAUGGCUUUGCUGGAGGUCCUGUCAGGGCAAAAUCUGCUGCAUGAAUAUAAGUCCUCAACCCAUCGUAUUUUUCGGUUGAACAACAUAGCUAAAGCACUGAAGUUUUUGGAGGAUAGUAAUGUAAAACUGGUUAGCAUUGAUGCAGCAGAAAUAGUGGAUGGAAACUCUUCUCUGGUACUUGGACUAAUAUGGAAUAUAAUCCUGUUUUUUCAGAUUAAAGAACUGACAGGCAACCUCAAUAGGAACUCCUCCUCUUCCAGCCUGUCAUCUGGGCCCAGCGGGGCUGACUCAGACACAUCUCAUCCGAGCACUCCUAAUAUAGAGAGAAGCAUGUCUCUUUCAGUGAAGGAUCAGCGAAAAGCAAUCAGAGCCCUUUUAACCUGGGUUCAAAGGAAAACCAGAAAAUAUGGUGUUGCAGUUCAAGAUUUUGCCAGCAGUUGGCGGAGUGGCCUUGCUUUCUUAGCUAUAAUAAAAGCAAUAGAUUCCAACUUGGUAGACAUGAAGCAAGCUUUGGAGAAAUCAGCUCGGGAAAACUUAGAGGAUGCUUUCAGCAUAGCACAAGAUAAUCUUGGUGUUCCUAGACUUCUGGAGCCAGAAGAUAUAAUGGUUGAGUCACCUGAUGAACAAUCAAUUAUGACGUAUGUGGCACAAUUUCUGGAGCAUUUCCAAGAGAUAGAAGGGGAGGAUUUUUCGGAUCCUGAUAAGAAAAUCCCAAUUGAAGCCACGUAUGUCCAAAUCAAAGAUGCAUCUUCAGAACAAGAGGGCAAGAUCUUGAUAUUGAAUGAAAAUGGAGAACGUAUGUACACUGUUAACCAUGAAAGGAGCCACUCUCCUCCUACAAAGGUUUGUGUCCGUGAUUUGCCCGAGGAACUCCAGUCAGAAAUUGCAGAUGAAGAACUUAAUGACAGAUUGAAUCAACCACUAUCAGAUAAUUCACAGAGCGUCUCAGAAGAGUCAUUGGUUUUGUUGUCUGCAGAAGAACCUCAGAGGCCUACCUCUUUGCAGAUUACAGGAUCUGUCAGUUUUGAAUCCAGUUCCUCUUGGGAAGUUCUUAGUGAUAAACUGAUUCAGAAUGAGAGGAGCAUAUCUGAUGAUCAACUGAAACAGAAUGAUGAUCUUUCAGCAACUAUUUUGCCUGAUCAGAAAAAUGCUGUUGACACAGGUGAUUCAGAAUCAUCUUCUAAAGAAGAAUUUACUAUAAAGAUGUCUCCUGAAUGCAACAAUGAAAUUAAGGACUCAUUAGUCAACAAAACAGGGGAUAGUUGUUCUUUGAGCCCAUUAUCUCAGACUUCAGAUGCACAUACAAAUGAACCAACAAAUCUAGUAGAAAACACUGAACCCAUAACUUCAACUUUUCUACAGGAAAAUGCUUCCAAAGAAGAGGGUAUACGUAAAUAUGUUUUGUGUCUACUAGAUGAAGAAAUAUCUAAAAAACUUCCAGACGGGUAUGAACAUCCAGAACAAUCACCUGUUUUUCAGACAGUACAAGAUACCAAUUGUUCAUCCAAGGAUUCUGAUCUCAAAGGUCAAAUGGAAAUAUCUUUGUCUUGCAAAUCUGAAAAUUCAACCCCACCAGUUACAAAAAUUCCUGAGAAUCUCGAUAGUCAUAGUGAAGAUGGAUCUUCAGCUAAAAUGUCAUCAAAUUCUUUGAAAGUUUCUGUAAUUCCCCAUGAUCUUUUCUACUACCCACAUUACAAUGUUCCCAUAUCAGCAGUUUUGGAAGCUUUUGCUAAGCCUAGUCCUGCCUCUUAUGUUUCAGAAAACAGCUCACCACAGACUUUGCUAUCAGUGAAUUAUUUGCAUGAAGGGGAGCCAUUGGUACUAAACAAUGAAGGAGGCAUUCUGGACCCAGGUCUGCAAACCAACCUGAGUGUCUCUCCAGCAGAAAUGGUUGUUGAGGACAUGGAAGAGGAGAAGGUGGAUCCUGACAGUUCCACUAAGUCCUCCUCUGAAAAAGUACAGGCUGCCCGACUAGGAAAGAAUAUGGAACUCAAGGAAGACGGCAGCAUAUCCACAAACUCUCAAGAUUCUACAAAUCCAGAAAAUCCUGAGGUCAUGGUAGACCAGUUGGAGGAUAUAUCAUCAGCAAUGUUGAGAUCAGAAAUAAGCAGUAAAAGGAAGGAAAAAAGGAAAAAUGUGAUCCAAGCAGAAAACUUUCAGACUUCAGAAACUGGGACUACACAGUUACCUGAUAAACCAAAAGAAGAAAUCAUUGAUUAUCAGGAGUUUUCCAGGGUUAGCUACAGCGACUCCAGUGUUUACCUCCGAAAAAGGAUUCCUAAUCCCAGUGAAAAGGAACACGUUAGUGAAAAUAAACAGAAGAACACAGACAUGGAUGAAAGCACAAAUCUGUUAAUUAUCAGGAACAAAAAAGACUUAGAGGCUCCGGAGAAUGCUAUUCCACCUCCUGAACCUCCAUAUGUAGAGCAACCCGAGUUAUUUUACUUCAUUGUUUUCCUCUGGGUGCUGGUCUACUGCCUGUUGCUCCUUCCGCAUCUUGUUAGCAACAAAUUUUGAUUUCUGUGAGUGUGGGAAUAAUAAAAGACAGUGGCUUGAUUUUUUUCAUGUGUAUGCAUAUAAAUCGGUUCCUUCAGGUGAAGCACAGAUAAAUAUAGGGUCUGGUUUUAAAGGUGAUACGAAGAUUAGUCUUAACUUACUAAUGUGCUAUUUAUAAUGUUGUAGCACAUUUUAUAUUGUGACAUUGUGUAGAUAUAUAUAUAGAUAUAGAUAUAUGAAAAUGGGAUGAUUUAAUAUACACAAUUUUUGUACAUUUGUGCCUUGCUUUAUAAAAUGCUAAAUAAAAUUGAUAAUUAUUAGUAGAGACACAGAUGAUUUAGAGCUCCACUCUUCAAAAAUGGUUCUUCAAAAAUUGUUCCUCUGGCUACACUUAUUUACCUAGGGCCAUGUAGCUGUGAAAGAAGGGUAAUGUGUGACUUCAUGUCAAAGCUUGGUCAUCCACAUUGGCAGGGCUUGAAAUAAGCUCUUUUCUGUAUUUCCAGUGGAAAUACUUUGGUAGAAGAAGCUUAACCUUACUCCAUCAAUUAUUCUUCCAUCGUGUGUUUUGUUUAGUUGAAAGGACUUUUCAAACACAUGGGAGCAGAUUCUGAUCUCAGUUGCACCUAUAACUUCAUUUACUUCAAUGGAAUUGCAUCAGAAUUACACCAGUGUAACUGAGAUCAAAAUUUGACCCAUAUUGUUACUGUGUCUUGGCAGAGGAAUUGCAAAUAUAAAUCUUGCUAUAUUUAAUAAAAACCUGAAAUGCUACCAAAACAAGAUACUCUAUUGCACACACGUCUCCUGGGAAUAAUAUGAGAGAACAAAUAGUACAUGACAGAUGUAUAGUCAUGCAUUACUGGAAGGCACUCAGAAUCUGUGGUGAUGAGCAAGUUUUUCUGUUGUAUAUAGAUUCUUUGCUCAAGUCUGGAGUGAAGGUGAAGGAGAAGCUAAUACAUUUCCAUUAGUGAAAUACAAGGAAACAUUAUUCUGAGCCUCUCAUCUUUGUCCUCUCAUCUUUGAACAUUGUACCCUCUAUAUUAGCAAAUUGGCUGUGAAAAAAAGAAAGAUCAAGGUAGCUGCUACUAGAAGAGAUUUAAAGGAAGGAAAGGAGAGCCUGGUAUAGAGACUUUGAUAGAGGAUACCUCAGGAAACAUUGACAUUUCUUCUUUUUAUACACCACUGACAAAGAGGCCACCUUCUAAAAUAUCUUUCAAGGAGCAUCUCUCUAAAAUAAAUGAUUAAUCAUUCACUCCAAAGCAGAUUUUUACCGAAGGAAAACAUCAGUUGGGAUCUCUUGCUUCUUCUGCUGAGUUAUCUACUUCCUUGUCCUUUACCAUUCAGCCUCUGGAUCAGGUGCAUUAGUGAAUUGCACUUAUCAGAUCAUAUGAAGACUCUGCCUUUGAAGACACUAAAAAUCAUAAAAAACCCAGCUUAUCACCUUCUGAGGUGGAGGUGCAACUCAAGAAGAUUAUAAGCACUGAGAUCAAUAGGGGAAGAAAUGACUACUGGAGAAAUAGAUCCAGAAAAAUGUCGGCAGCCUAUAUUUCUUCUUUCUGAAAAUGUCAAGUACAUAUGAAGGGACUUCUAGCGCCAGACAAAUAGCAACAAUCCUGGCUUGCAUUUGGUCUUAGUCUUUUGAUCAAAAACAGUAUAGAAAUGGGACAGUAAAAGCAUGAAGACGUCAGUGAUUUCUUUAUAGCUUAUACUGAGCUUUUAGCCAGAAUGGGAAUCAGGGGUAUAAGCUUGGGGUCGCCUACUUGGCAAUAGCAAUAACUUCUACCCAUGGUAUUUCUGGUGUAGUCAUCUGCCACCACAGGCACAUUUUGACUUCACGAUGCCCUCAUGAGGACAUGUAAUGUUGCUGGUUCUAUUUAAACAUCCAUACAUCAGACCACAAAGCGCCUCAUAAAAAAAAAAAAAGAGGUGUUUCAUGGGCUUGCACUCAACUUCAUUAGAAUAAAAAGUAUUUAUAAUAAGAGGCUGUAUGUUUAAGAUUCCCUUUCAGUACGCUAUUUUUAGUGCUCAUCUUAAAUAAAAGCUCUUUGAAGACAGGACAUAUAUAUGUACUUGAAUGUUAAGCAGUUCAUUUGUACAUGCUUCAAAUUUGUUAAAGGCUUGUUGUCUGCUGAGUAUUUCCUUCGUUGCACACUGCACUAAAUUAUUGUGUAGGUUCUUGAUAUUAGCUUGUUAUGACCUCUUUCAGUAACACCUCAUCUUGGAGGUGCAAUUAGGAUUAGAAGAUAAUGCUGCAUAGGAUGAUAGUUUAAACACUUGGGGUGAAAUCAUGGCCCAUUUAAGUCAAUAAGAAUAUUGCCACUGAUAUCACUGAAGCCACGAUUUCACCCUUGGGCUCUUUCCAUUUGUCCGUUAUAAGGAUCUUCUAGUCCUUUGCCAACAUCAGACGAGAGUAGAGAUGGGUCCAAGCCAUAAAUUUGAGAAGCAGAUUCAGAUCUGGACUUCACCCAGAAUUUGAGGGAAAUAGAUCCAAGGUUUUGGUUCAGGCCUAUCUCUAGAAGAGAGAUGACAGAAUUGAGAAAAGUCUCCGCAUAACUGGCACUUCUCUGGAGGAACUCUGGGUGAUCCUGGAUAAAGUCUCACUGCCUUUGUUAAAAAGGAAAAAAAAGUACCACAGACCAGACACUGAGCUGAGUACACUUUUUGUUGAUCAGACAAUUGGACGAUAACUGAUUUUUGUAUUGUGACAUUUACUUCAUGCAGCUAUCCCUGAAGUCUGACGAGUUAUUUAAUAAUUAGUGGCCAAAAGCCUGUGCUGUUGCACGGUUAUGGCAAGUGGGCCAACUAAUCCAUCAGCUGUGCAGUCUCCCUAUACAACCAAUCAAAUUGUUGGAUGCAACUUAGCUGUAGUGUAAGGGCAGUGAUUGGUUAAGUUACCUCUGAUCUCACAAUGGACUAGGAUUCUUGGCAUGGCAUAGAUACAGUAACUCCUCACUUAACGUCAUCCUGGUUAAUGUUGUUACGUUGAUGAUCAAUUAGAGAACAUGCUUGUUUAAAGUUGCGCAAUGCUCCCCUAUAAUGUUGUUUGGCAGCUGCCUGUUUUGUCCACUGCUUGCAGAAAGAGCAGCCUGUUGGAGCUAGUGGUGGGGGCUUGGAACCAGGCAGCCCCCCAUCAGCUCCCCGCUCCCCUAAGUUCCCUGUGUGAUAGCUGCCCAGCAGGCUAUCAAUUGCCGGCAGUUCAGCUGUCCCUCCCCCCACAUCAGCUGUAUGCUGCUUCUGCCCUAUGCCUUGGAGCUGCUCCCGGGAGUCUUCUGCUUGCUGUGCGGGGGGGGGGGGGUGAAGGGGAGAAGAAGAGGGCUAAUAUCAGGGUGUCCCCCUGCUCCUGCCCCCCGCCUUCCCCAUCUCCAUAGAGCAGAAGGGACACACGACAGGGCUCAGGACGGAGGGAGCUUACUGACAGCAGCUGCUGUAUCAACUUACUGAUCUACUUAAAAAGGCAAUGUACUUAGAGUGGGGUUAGUGUACUUAAAGGGGCAAUGCGCAUCUCUCUCUCUCACACACACACCGGGUGUGUGUCUCUGUCUGCCAUGCUGUCUCCCCUCCCCUCCAUUUGUGCUGCCUAGUAGAGUGUGAGGCUACAUUAACAACGUGUUAACUCUUCAGGGCUCAGCCAACUGCUAGUUCAUCAUUUAGUAGUAAGGUAUUCCCUGGGAAAUAUUCCACCUUCUUCCACCCUCUAACUUCACCACCUCAACCAAGCUUCACAAUCAUCAUUGCUGUGUAUGGUAUUAAAUUGUUUGUUUAAAACGUAUAGUGUGUGUGUGUGUGUGUGUAUAGAUAUAUCUAAUCUAUCUAUCUAUAUAUAUACAUAAACACACACAAAUAUAGUUUUUUGUCCGGUGAAAAAAAUUUCCCUGGGACCUAACCCCCCCCAUUUACAUUAAUUUUUAUGAGGAAAUUGGAUUUGCUUAACAUUAUUUUGCUUAAAGUUGCAUUUUUCAGGAACAUAACUACAACAUUAAGCGAGGAGUUACUGUACAUGCCUUACUGUAGCUGUACACUGCACGAAUGUAAUUUGUGAAGUCAAAAUGUCUGAAUACUCAAAAAAAUAGACAGUAAGAGGCCACAAAUUCCAGUGAUGGUUGAACCUGGUGAUAGUCUGAACAAGAAAAACUCAUAGCCAUGCUUGCAGCUGUUUCCAUCACUUCGCACUGACUCAAACAUUUUAGGUUUCAGUGGCACACACACAAUGACAAUUUUGGAAUCUUCAUAGUUAGAUAAAUAUCUUGUGUUGAACUAGUGCCUUUUCUCCCAAAGGAUCCCUUUGCAAAACAUAAUACGAGAAUCACUGCACCCACUUCUGAAGUGCAGCCAACUCCGAGAUAGAGCAUGGCAGCUGUUUUACACACAUAGUAACACUAUACAGUAAUUUAGGGCAAAAGACUUCACUUCUCUGUAACAUUUGGUUAACGCUACAGGGAGACUCCUUCUGUUCAUGACAAAUUCUUGAAUAGAUUAUUUUAUCAGGCUCUUUCUGGUUCUUGCAAGACUCUUGAGCUUCAAGAGAAAUCUCUUGGAACUUGGAUAUAAUCUCUUGUUUCCCAAAUAUUUAGAAAGCUGGCAUGUUAUAACAAAGAAACCAAACAUCCCUCCUCAAAAAACUGAUUUCACCAAGAGGAGCUCAUUGGAUGUCUCAAGGAAAUAAACAAAGUCAACCAUAAAGAUCAUUAUGAUAACUCAGAAACUAUAUAACACAGCUUGAUGCCAGUAGUGUCUGUGAGAGCCUUCCAAAAAGAUCUCCUUGCCAGGAAAUACCUGGCUACAAGGACAGCUAUAUUAUUUUCAUUCCAGCCCACUGAUUAAUAUCUACUCAAGCAACAGAUCAUGCAGAUUAAACUUCAUAUAGUCUGCAGCUGUUGUUUUAAACAUCAUGCAGUUAAUAACAGAUCAUUCAGAUUAAACAUAAUACUAUCAAAUCUAUCCCAUGAACAGAGGUGGGGGUGGGGUGGGGUUAUGUCCCUUUGUGUUAAAAGGCUGAGUACAGUUCUAGAUGGACCCAUGAUGUAUUGAGCUGUUUUCACUGCUACAAAAUUGAUCUUGCCUCUGUUAUUCAGCUGUUAAAUAAGGGGACUGAGGGUAAAGGACAAAGGGUGAUUCUUACUGGUGUGAUUAACCUCUGAUAAACUCCUUAAGGAACUCCUUAUCUGACCGAUCAGUUCUCAUCCUCAAAGGAAAUCUGCACAACACUUUCGAAAGAUGAACCUGGGAGCUUAAAUUCAUAACUUUGCUAGACACUAAAAAUCAUGGUCUUAAUAGGGACACUGGAUUUAUGGCUUAUUAUAUAUAACAAUCUGUAACCCACUAACCCCCCUUUUUGUCCUAAAACUACAGGGGUGUUAGCAAGACAGUUCAGCUUGAAUGGUCCCUUACAAUAUGUGCAACUAAUUAUGCUAAACUAUCUGUUCAAUCUUGUAUUUAGCUGUGACACUCUUAGUACCUUUCCCCGACCUGAAGAAGAGCUCUGUGUAGCUCGAAAGCUUGUCUAUCUCACCAACAGAAGUUGGUCCAAUAAAAGAUAUGAUCUCACUCACCUUAAGGAACACUCAGUCUAUUGGAAUACUCAGCACUGGACACAAAUGGCACCCAUUUAAGCACUCAAAUCCCAUUAAUUACAAUGAUAUGCAUUUAGGGCUCAAUCCUGCUCCUACUCAAGUCCAUGAAAAAAACUCCCAUUCCUUUCAAUAAUGCAUUCCACAUGCAGCGUACUUAAAAUGUACCAAGACAUUUAACCUGUAAUCAGACUUUGUGUACACUCUUGGUAUGUUGCCGCAUGGGAGCCUGAUCCUGAAGUCUUUACUUCGGAAAAACUCCCAUUUAAGUUCAUGAGAGUUUUGCCUAAAGAAUGCAGGACUAGCCAGGGGUAUCUAAUGUUUUAAGAGCUGGUGGGCAAUGUCAGCAGCAAUAGGAAUGUUGCUUGGCAGAAAUGAGGAGAAAUUAAAAGUGGGUGAUUAGAGCAGAGGACUGGGAUUCUUCAAUUCUGUUCCUAGCUGUGUAACGUUGAUCUAGUCACUGACACCAAAGUUGUUAAUCUGAGUGUCUAAAGCUAGACACACAAAUCCAUAUUCAGGCACUUAAUUAAGCCCUGAUUCAGGGAAGCACUUAAGCAUAUGCUUAAACCUAGGCAUGUACUUACUUAAGUGCCCUUCCUGAAUAAGGAUGCAUUCCUGAAUUGGGGCCUCAGUUUUUUACUCAUAGGUGCCUAAAUCCCUUUUGCAAAUUAUAUGUAGGCUCCUAAAUCAAGUAGGCAUUAUGAUGCUGAGUGCAGCAAUGCAUAAUUAUCUUUAAUAAUCUGGGCCUAUGUAAAAAGGGUAUGAUGUUUAAGGAGGAAAUUUCGUAUAAGUUAUCUGGCAGAUUCUUACUCCAUUUUCAGUUGCAAAAUUAGGCAAGCAUAUAAUCAAACUGAAAAUUAAUGCAGCCCUUGCCAAAUAGAUAAUAAUGGGUCAGCACAGUGGGUGUGACCCAUACAAAUUUCAUUUGUGUAGCCUUAAAAAAUACAAUCCCAUUUUAAAUACCAUCAAUAUUUUUGAUGGAUUGAGCUCUAAAACUUAUUUUAAUGGAAUUUCUACAGUGUAAUUGAAGUGUCUACAGAAUCUUAUAGAAAGCUUAAAAGUUCAACUAAGAAAAAUUGUUUUAAAGAUGAAAUAUUAUUUUGUAUCACAAUGAUUUAUUUUAUCUAUGUUUGAAAGCUGUAAAAACAUUUUAAGAGUAUGUAUAAUUGUAUGAAUGUUAUACUUAUUAAUCAUUGUAAAUCAUGAGAAAAUUAAUAUCAGAUAAGUAAUGCAAUUUUAUGCAUAAUUUGCAGACAUGACAAAAUAACUGCAAAUAUGAGUCAGGUGAGUCAAUGAAUAGUAGUCUUGAAAAAUAUGGUGAAUGAUCAUAUAAAAUUGUAUAUAAUACAACCUUUAAAAUA